AUGGCACCAACACGCACCUCGUUGGCAGCUGGUAAUGGAGCCGCUGUCGAGCCAGAGGCCAAGAAGAUCAAGCCCAACCCUGCGACGGAUCCCGUUGUCUACGAUAUCUUCCACCAGAAGUUCACCAGCGACGGUCUCCCUUCCACUCCGGAAGGGUGGAUCGAGCGCGCUCGCCACGUAAGCGAGAUCUUGGCUCAAGAUGUUGCUGCGCGAGACAUUGGGAGUAGGUCUCCCAGAGCAGAAGUUGCACUCUUGAAGAGUGCCGGGCUCUUGAAAGUUCUUGGACCAAGAAAAUUCGAUGGAGGAGGACAAAGCUGGGAGGUUGGCUAUAGGGUCAUCCGAGAGGUGGCGAAGGGCGAUGGGAGUUUGGGCAUGCUGUUGGGGUAUCACUUGUUGUGGAGUACGACGGCGAACGUGGUAGGGACUGAGGAGCAGAAAGAGAGAAUCCAGAAACUGAUUAUUGAGAAUAACUACUUUGUUGGAGGUGCUGUCAACCCCCGGGACAAUGACUUGAGCAUCACCGAAGAGAGUGGCGAGCUGAUAUUUGAUGGCUUUAAGAAUUUCAAUACCGGUGGCGUUAUAUCGGAUCUUACUGUCUUGGAAGGUGUCUACGCAGGUACCGACGAUCACAUCUUUGCCUUCGUUCCCACCGCUCAGCCCGGCAUGGAGUUCGCACACAACUGGAACAACAUUGGUCUCCGUCUUACAGAAUCCGGCUCUGUCCGCAUCAAUAAAAUCCGUGUUCCUUGGGCCGACGCCCUGGGCUGGGACGUCAACACCAAAGCCCCAGACCCAGCAUACCUCUCCAUCCCCUUCGCCACGCUGCUCCUCCCCACCAUCCAGCUCGUCUUCUCCAACUUCUAUCUUGGCAUCGCCCAAGGCUCCCUCGACUUCGCCAAGAAGUACACCACCACCGCGACACGCGCUUGGCCCUACGGCGGCGACAACAAAGACUCGCCCACGGAAGAGUUCUACAUCCUUGAGCGCUACGGGAACUUCUUUGCCCAUCUCAGAGCGGCUGAGGCGCUGGCUGACCGUGCUGGGAAGGUGAUUUCGGAGGACGUGUAUGCCAAGCAUGGCGAGAAGAGGACGAUCAGUGAGAGGGAGCGAGGCGAUGCCGCGGAGUGGGUGGCCAGUGUCAAGGUGGUGACGACGGAUACGGCGCUCAGGGUUACAUCAGGGGUGUUCGAGGUUACGGGCAGUCGAGCGACAGGAAAGAAGGUUGGGCUGGAUCGGUUUUGGAGGGAUGUCAGGACGCAUUCGCUGCACGAUCCUGUGGCGUAUAAGAAUAGGGAGUUGGGCGAAUAUGUGUUGUUGGAUAAGAUUCCUGAGGUCACCUGGUAUACGUGA